AUGCCAGCAGGCUUGGGACUGGUAAGCCAUAAGAGUGUCCCAGAAAUUGGUACCCAUUCUUACCGCAAACUUGUAUCAGAUGGUGUGCAGGACAAUGAGGAAGAUAUCUAUUAUGCUCGAGCCGUUCAGCUUCAUGUCCAAGGUAACUGGACUAAAUGGUGCUCGUUUAUUAAAUACGAUCUUUCUUGGAAGAACCUACUGUCUCUGCCGCAAAGUUUAUCUUCGUUUUGCAUCGGCGCAACCUAUGACAGGCUUCUUUCUCCUACAAAUCUUGUCAAAUGGGGAACUCAAAGUGACAAAAGUUGCACCCUUUGCAAAAAACCCUCUUGUAACAUGUCCUACAUUUUAGGCGCUUGUAAAUUAGCCCUUCCACAAAGUAUAUUCACGUACCGCCACGAUACUGUUCUACGUGUGUUAGUGACAGCCAUUCAGAAGUUCUUGUCCGAUUAUGAGCCAGCAAAACCAUCUAGAUGUCAUAAAAUAUCCUUUGUUCCAGCUGGUAAACGUCUUCCCACCAAAAAGCGUUCAAAAAUUCAAGGAUCCUUAACCUGGCCACUGUAUUGUCUGACUUAA